AUGAAAUACUUCAAUCUGAUCCUCUCCCUGGCCGGCGUGUCCAUGGCCAUCUGCGGUAACCAGACUCUGAACAAUGAGACCAAGACCUCCGACUGCACCACCAUCUUCGGCGACCUCGAGAUCGGCUCCGACAUAACCGACUACGUCCGUCUCGAAAAGCUCGUCGCUAUCACCGGGGACCUGAUCGGAAAGGACCUGAACUCGGUCACGCUGGUCAGCCUGCCAUCGUUGAAGUCGGUUGGAGGAAAGGUUGACCUUAGUGGAGCUUUUUAUGAAGUCUCUCUGCCCAGCUUGGACAAAGUCGGGGGUGACUUCUCCAUCGUUACUUCGGAGGUCAUGGAGUGCUCUAACUUCGAGAAGGUGGCGGAGAGUGGCAUCGGCGGCCGGUUUUCCUGCCAGGCUGUGGCUCCCUUGAUCCAUUAG